GUCGGCUGCGCAUGCGCAGUCGCCGUGUGGCCCUUCGGCUCUCGAAAGGCGAGUUCAAGGAGAGAAGGGCUACCCUGCUCAGGUCGGGGCUGCAGCCGUCAUGCCGGGGAUAGUGGAGCUGCCCACUCUGGAGGAGCUGAAAGUGCAGGAGGUGAAAGUCAGUUCUUCUGUGCUUAAAGCUGCAGCCCAUCACUAUGGCGCUCAGUGUGAUAAGCCCAACAAAGAGUUCAUGCUCUGUCGCUGGGAAGAGAAAGAUCCAAGGCGGUGUUUAGAGGAAGGCAAGCUUGUCAACAAGUGUGCUUUGGACUUCUUUAGGCAGAUAAAGCUUCACUGUGCAGAGCCUUUUACAGAAUAUUGGACCUGCAUUGAUUAUUCCAACCUGCAGUUAUUUCGUCACUGUCGCAAACAGCAGGCGAAGUUUGACGAGUGCGUGCUGGACAAACUGGGUUGGGUGCGGCCUGACCUGGGAGAGCUGUCAAAGGUUACCAAAGUGAAAACAGAUCGACCUUUACCUGAGAAUCCCUAUCACUCAAGAGCAAGACCAGAGCCCAACCCUGAGAUUGAAGGAGAUCUCAAGCCUGCCAAACAUGGCAGCCGUCUUUUUUUCUGGACCAUGUGAAGAUGGGGUCCAUUCACAUGCCCAGACAAUGAGGGAUGAAAACUCCCAUGAAAUUUGCAUGGACUGAUAGUGUGUUCUUUCCGGGAUCACAAGUUAACAAAAAAGUUAAUUUAUGUGUCUUGGCAGUUAUUCUAUACCAUUUCCUGGCCAUUAAAAACUUUAAAGGAAACAGU